AUGGUGAAGUCUUGGAUUUUAGUCUUAUUUACAUGUUUUCAAUUCGCAUCCACUGCUUUCGGUCAAAAUAUAUGGGCCGAAGUAAACUCAAAUGUUACGUUCUGUUGCAACAUGUCCUUUGGAGAGUCAGAAGCUUUGAUGCUCAAUGUGAAUGACAAACGCAUCUCCUCACUAUACUUAAAACCAAAUUCAGAAGUUGGUAGAUUUACAACAAAAUCAGCUAGAAAUUGGAUCGUCGAUCAGACAAGAGAAGAUGACAUCUGUGUUACAAAAGCUGCAGACAAUGGCCUCGGUGAAAUCUUGGAGAGAAAGGAUAUCAUUAUGAAAUUCUAUGAACAAGCUAAAAUUAUUGGCUUCCCAAAAAGUUUUAAAGCCAGAGAAGGAUCUAGUCAGCUGAUUGAAUGCAAAGCUACAGGUUUUCCUGAUUUAUACGUGACUUGGAGCUCAAAGGAUGGUAAAAUCUUAAAUCAAUCUCAAAGCGUCACAUCUUCUUCAAGAGAUAAAAACAACAACAACGGCAGUGUACGAACGGUAGUUACUCUCCCAUUGGAAUUGUCUAACAUUCAUCCUAAUCAACAUGGCGAAGUGUAUGCUUGUGAAGCGACAACAGGACAACACAUAGGGAAUGGCGGGAAGAAAGCAAUUGAAAAAGUCACGCUUGAAGUGUUUUUAUACCCUAGAAUCAAUAUGUCAAACAAUGUGAUCUAUACAGAUCUAGGCGUUGAAGAGAAAUUCACUAUUCUUGUAACUGGGUAUCCAACUCCUACAUUAAAGUGUAACGACCUACCCUUAGGUGAACCGACUAUGAUAUCUGAUGAACCACAAGGUGGAACAUGGUUAUAUCCUGUUGUAUUGGAUAAAAUAACGCCUCAACAUCUACGUGAAUAUAUGUGUACAGCGAAUAAUAGCUUGGGUAGUGUAAAUCAUAAGUUAGAAAUAACAGUUGCUCCAGCACCUCCGAGAAUUUUAUCAUCCAAUUCAACAGAAUUUGCAGAUUACUAUCUGCUUAAUUGGGAGACUAAAUCACGUGCACCUUUGAAGAAUGUUACAAUUAGUAUUCAUGAACUACCCAAGAAUACAGAUGCUGGUGGUUCAAUUGUUGCUCGUUCACCAAAGCAUCAUGAACUUGUCUUCAAUUUAGAAGAGGAUAAAGUAGACAGGACUUCUACAUCAAUUGAUGGAAAUACUACAAAUAAUCAUUUAAAAUCAAAUAUUAAAAAGAUAUGGCAUCACUUAACAAAUCUUAGCGCUGAUACACAACAUGAUAUUGCAUUGAGUGUGUGUAAUGUACACGCUUGUACAAAAUCCUCAUCAUUAUCUUCUUCGUCAUCAUCCUCCUCAGUGGGAAGUCAUCUUGAUGGAGGAGAUAGCAGUAUCAGUGGUACAUCAGGAAAAUUUGUAUUUAAAACACCUCAAUUUGAUGGUCGGAACAAAGUUGAUCCAAUUCUGUUACAACGUAAUCCAAAGGAUACAUCGGCUGUUAAAGCACCUGGACCUCGAAACUAUGGGAACUUUAGGCAGUUGGUGCCUCGUUCACUGAUUACUCUUUAUGCAAUCAUAUUCAUUGGUUUUUCAUAUUGGAUCUAA